ACCGCCACUGUCGUCCACUACUACUUUGUUAGUGACAGUGUUGGACGUGAACGACAACGAGCCGAUCUUCGACCAGUCAUUCUACAAUGUCACCGUGUCGGAGAGUGAGGCAGUCGGCAGCUGCAUUUUAAAGAUGUCAGCUAUCGAUCCGGACUGCGGUGUUAAUGCAAUCGUCAACUACACGCUGCCGGAGCAAGCGUUACUCCGAGCACAAUUCGUUAUGCGGCCAGAUACUGGAGAGCUGUGCGUCGCCGCACCACUAGAUCAUGAACUGAAUAGUGACUUUGAAUUUCCAGUUGUUGCUACUGAUAGAGGGGGCCUGUCCACGACCGCUAUGGUGAAGAUCCAACUUCUCGAUAUAAACGACAACGUUCCCGCAUUCACUGUUAAGGAUUACAACGUAUCUUUAAAAGAAGGCAGGAUAUCGUCAAAUGAACCAAUCGUUGCUGUCACCGCGACAGACGCUGAUUCAGGGAGAUUUGGAACCGUUACUUAUAGAAUAAUCAACGGAAAUGAUAAUGAUGUGUUCAGAAUAGACAGAAGUACUGGAGAAAUAUUCGUCACAAAGCCAGCUUUGAUUCAGUCUAAUGGAAAGUUUGAGUUGGAAGUAUCGGCGACAGAUGGCGGUGGGCUCACCGCGCCCCAAGGUGCUACUGUUCAUGUUAAUGUGAUGCCAACUGGUGUUGGCUCAGCAUUAUUUGACAAGCCAAGAUAUAAUUUCCGAGUCAGAGAAGAUGUUAGAAGUGGAACUAUCGUUGGAAAUUUGAAAGCUACUGCUGGAGGUAAACACUUAGUUCGAUACAGUAUAGUGUCAGGCGACACCGACCACCAUUUCAGUAUCGAACCCCACACAGGGGCUAUAAGAACGGCCUCACAACUGGAUAGAGAAGUCACCUCUUCAUACUUAUUGAAUGUUCGAGCCGCUAACGGGAAUCCAGCUAGCUAUGACCAAACUCAGGUUCAAAUAACAUUGGAAGACGUGAACGACAAUGCACCGGAGUUCGGUACAUCUUCAGUGAGGGUAUCAGUUGCUGAAUCCGCGACUAUAGGAUCAGUUGUUUACGCUGCCAGAGCCACUGACGAAGAUGAAGGAAAGAAUGGACAGAUUACAUACACUUUGCUAUCUGCCACUGGCCCGCCGAACACAUUCGCCGUGAAUCCUCAACAUGGAUUGGUUACCUUAUUAAGGCCCUUAGACUACGAAGAUCUUCUAAGGCAUACACUGAUCAUUGCCGCCAAGGACGGAGGAACUGCCCCCCUUAGUGCCAACUUAACAUUAGUAGUGGAUGUACAAGAUGUCAAUGAUAAUGCACCAGUAUUCGAACAUGAUACAUACAGUGCUAAUGUUCUGGAGUCAGAAGCAGUAAAAACUAAAAUAUUAGAAAUCCAAGCAAUAGACAAAGAUACUGGUAAUAAUGCUCGAAUAACGUACAAAAUAAUAUCAGAAAACAACACGAAUGAAGAAUAUUUUAACGUUCAAUCAGGUACAGGCUGGGUAUAUCUCGCUAAACCUCUAGAUAGAGAGACGACAGCAAAACACAAGAUGACUAUAAUUGCGACUGAUAAUGGUAUCCCGCCGCUGUCAACUAGUGCAAGUCUAGUUGUGAAUGUAAUUGAUGCAAAUGAUAACGAUCCAGUGUUCACAAAAGGAUCUUAUGAAUUCCAAGUCGAAGAGAAUCGUAAAGUGGGUGCGUUUGUAGGAAAAAUAUCUGCUACCGAUGCAGAUUUAGGUGACAACGCAUUAGUCAGAUACAAUCUCUUCCCAUCAAAUACCAGUUUUAUCGUGAAUCCAAUUUCUGGUAUAAUAACCACACGUGAAGUAUUAGACAGAGAGUUUCGGUCUUCUUACUCAGUGUUUGCCGAAGCAAGAGAUUUAGGAAGUUUGCCGAGAUCAAAUAGAGUUCCUAUAGUUAUUAAGGUUACAGACGUCAAUGAUAAUUCACCAGAAAUUAUUGAUCCUAGAGAAGAUGUUGUCAGUGUGAGAGAAGAACAACAGCCUGGUGCAGAAGUGGCUAGAGUCAAAGCUAUUGAUAAAGACAAUGGUAUAAAUGCCACGGUAACGUAUUCUAUCUUGAACGAAAGAGACAUGGAUGGCUUUGGAGUGUUUGUUAUCGAUUCUCAUACAGGAGUUAUUAAAACAAGUACAGUUCUUGAUCAUGAGGAAAGAUCAAUAUAUCGUCUAACUGUAGCAGCAACAGAUAGCGGCCUACCUCCUAGACAAACUGUAAGGCAAUUGAAAGUUGAAGUUUUAGAUUUAAAUGACAAUAGACCCACUUUUACUAGUUCAAGUUUAUCAUUCAAGGUCAAAGAAAACGCCAAGAUUGGUCAUGUUGUUGGUACGGUUGCCUGUUGUGACAGCUAUUUACAAGACAAUUCAAUAAGUAAUGAAGAAGAACGACAAAUAUCAUAUCUUUUGAUGCCAUUGACAUCUGAUCAUUUGCCUGGUACUUUUGAAAUUGACCGUCGAACUGGUUCAUUAGUUGUUGCAAGGGAAUUGGACAGAGAAAUCCAAGAAGAAUAUAGACUGGAAGUAAGAGCUUUGGAUACCUCAGCAACAAAUAACCCUCAAAGCAGUGCUGUGACUGUUAGAAUUGAAAUAAUCGAUGUAAACGACAACGCACCACAAUGGUCUCAAGAUCCAAUAAAUAUAGAAGUAUCUGAAAUCACUUCAGUCGGAAUGAUUGUUUACAACUUCACAGCACGAGAUGCUGACGCUGGACCUAAUGGGGAACUAAAUUUUCGCAUAGUUUCAAUGUUACCAAUAUCAAAAAAUGUAUUUAGCCUAGAUCCUUUAACUGGUACUUUAACCUUAACAGCACCAGUUGAUUUCGAAGAUAUAAAAGAUUAUUGGUUGGUUGUUGAAGUAACCGAUCUAGCAACAAACGUCUCUGAAAGAAUGGCAACAUUAGCAACAGUUCACAUUUCGGUCACAGAUUCAAACGAUAACAUUCCUUCUUUCGUCUCUAAUAAUAAAGUUUCUGUUACUAUGAACACAAUAUCUGGAGUUUUAUAUCAAGCUUUAGCUGUUGAUGCAGACUCUGGUGAUAAUGGCAGAAUAUCUUACUACAUUUCUAGUGGAAAUGAUCAUGCAUACUUUUCAUUGGAUUAUGACUCGGGAAGAUUGACGUUGUCGAAAAAAUUUUCUUCCGAUACUACCAAGGUUCGUUCAGGACAGUAUAAGCUAAAUAUCACCGCCUCCGAUCACGGUAUACCAUUCCCGAGACAAACUCAUAUGACACUACUUUUAAAUUUGCAAGCAUCGACAAAUAUACCACCUAGAUUUACAGAAAAUAUGUAUAGAGCAAAUAUUAGCGAAGAUAUACGUCCUGGCAGUUUUGUAACGAGAUUAAACGCUAAGUCAUCUAGAGGUAACAUGGGUAAUCUUACUUAUAUGAUUCCACCUGGAUUAGCAGAUGACAAAUUUACAAUUGAAGAGCGUCUCGGUACAGUGACAGUAAAAACUAAAAUAGACAGAGAAGAAGCGGAUCAAUACAUUUUUCCAGUUUACGUCACUGACUCUAGCACAUUUCAAUCAACUACAAAUUUCGACGUAGCAACCGUGACAAUAAGCAUUCUAGAUGUUAAUGAUAAUCCACCAUCAUUCAAACCUGGUUCGUGUUACCCAUUAGCUGUUCCUGAAAAUAAUGAACCUGAAAUUAUCCAUACUAUAGCAGCGACAGAUAAAGAUAUUGGUGCCAAUGGAGUUAUAACCUACAGUAUUAUUUCUGGAAAUAACGGGAACAAAUUCUCAAUAGAUUCAACGACAGGAAAACUAACAGCUAAGACAUUAGAUCGCGAGACGCAAUCAAAAUAUGAUUUGACUAUUGCUGCAUAUGAUCAUGGUUCACCAGUAGCUUUGCAAGGAACGUGUAAUAUCACUAUCCUUGUGGAGGAUCAGAACGACAAUGACCCUGUUUUUGAUACAGGACAUUAUUCAGCAGCCAUACCUGAAGAUGCACCAAUCGAUACGUCGAUUAUAAAAGUAAGAGCUACUGAUGCUGAUUUAGGUUUUAAUAAACGUAUCGUAUACUCAUUAGCCAAUGAAAGCCAAGGUCUCUUCCGAAUAGAUAAUAAAACUGGAGUUAUCUAUACCACCGGGUUCAUUGUAUUUAGACGCUACGUUGCCAGAUCACAGCGAGUUUCCGUCGAAAUCACUAUCAGCGAUGUAAACGAUAACAAGCCAAUAUUCACCAAAUAUCCAUUUAAAGAACAAAUGGCAACAUUGACACCACCUGGGCAAAGUUUACUGCGGGUUUCUGCUACAGAUAACGAUAUAGGAAUUAAUGCUGAAAUACUGUUUGAGCUCUUAGACACUGCUAACCAUAGAUUUAGAAUUAAUCCGACAACUGGAGUGCUUACAGCAACUCAAAGUUUGGCAAGUGAAAAUGGAAAAUUCAUCCAUUUACGUGUAGUGGCGAAAGAUAAGGGAAACCCACCGCAGAGCUCAGUUGGACUUAUAGAAAUUCGUGUAGGUGAUUUUAGUGAUCAAUCCCCUACGCUGAACUUUCAAAAUAUGACGUAUAAUGUUACCAUUGAAGAAAAUCUUGCGUACGGCAAAGAAGUAUUACAAGUCACAGCAUUAAGAAGUGAUGGACGUCGACAAAGAAUUAUUUACGAGUUUGGAAACGGAAACGAUCAAUACGCUUUUGAUAUUGACUCUAAUACAGGUGUUAUAAGAGUAAACAAUUCAGCAAAUUUAGAUUACGAAUCAUAUCCAGGUCCAAGUCGUCAACUUGUUAUCGUGGCACGAACUGAAGGGUCACCAAAUCUGUACGCUUAUUGUGACGUUAUAAUUAAUUUAUUAGACCAAAACGAUCACGCACCUCGUUUCACACAACAACAAUAUAUCGCUAAUGUACUCGAAGGAAAUACAAAAGGUGAAUUUGUUGUGCAACUUGCAGCUAAAGACGAUGACCGUGGCGCAAACGCACGAAUUCUUUAUCAUAUUGUUGAUGGCAAUCAUGACAAUGCCUUUAUAAUUGAACCGGCAUUUUCUGGAUCAGUUAAAACAAAUAUAGUGCUCGAUCGAGAAAUAAGGGAAAUGUAUAAGCUAACAGUAAUUGCAACAGACGAAGGGGAUCCCCAAAUGACAGGAACAGCUACACUAAGAAUUAACGUCGUCGAUGUUAACGACAAUCAGCCGACGUUCCCGCCACCGAACGUCAUUUCAAUAUCAGAAGGAACGGAAGUCGGUUCGAUAUUGACAUCUGUUACGGCAAAUGACGUUGACACAUAUCCUGCCCUUAAGUACGCCAUUGUUCAGGGAGACAAUACGUUUUCAAUAGACAGAUAUAGCGGGAAGAUUGUACUCAAUAAACCUUUGGACUUUGAAACUAAAAAGCAAUAUGAAGUGAACAUAACAGCUUCUGAUACUGAACAUGUGGCGAAAACUACGUUAACUAUCAAAGUUACGGAUGUUAACGACAAUGCGCCAGUUUUCGACGAAAUUUCAUACAAUAGAGUGUUACCAGAAGGUUCCGGCACACUUAAAAUUGGCAAAGUAAGCGCUACUGACAGAGAUAGCGGCGAGAACGGCCAAGUUUCGUACUCAUUUCUCAGUCCCAGUGAAGGGUACCAUAUAGACACGGUGACCGGUGCUAUGUUCGUAAACUACAGCACUUUACCAAGUAACCAACGGGAUACCCAGUUAGCUGUAUUAGUCACAGACCAGGGAAAACCAAGCAAAAGUGCAGUUGCAUCUGUUAGAAUAAGUACUGGCGCUUCUUCGGAAAUUAAACCAUUUAUCGGACAAGAUACUUACAGAAUCACUGUAAACGAAGAUACUGAAAAAGGAUCGUCACUACUCCAAAUCGGCAGCGUCAAUGAUGUACUCAAGAAAUACAAUCUUGAUUUUCAUAUAAUUUCUGGCAACGAUGGCGACGUAUUUGAUGUUACCAUGGAAGGUGCACUAAUAUUAGUGAACAGACUUGACAGAGAGGUUCAAGAAUCUUUUGUAUUGGGACUAGCAGCAGUUGAACAAGGAAAAGUUUUAUCUUACAAUCAAAAUAAAACAUCAAUAACAAUAUUUGUAACUGUAGCAGAUGCAAACGAUAACGCACCAAUAUUCUCUUUGAGUGAUUUUGAUAUUAAUGUAAGUGAAAAUGUAAAAGCUGGAUACACUCUUACUCAGGUAUCAGCAACAGACGCUGAUCUAUUCGGGACGCCGAAUUCGGCUAUCGUUUAUAAUAUUACUUCUGGUGACGAUGAAAACUUGUUCUACAUUCAUCCAACUACGGGCAUCCUGACAGUUAAUAAAACGCUCGAUUACGAUAUAAAUAAUCCCAAAUACAAGCUAGUAAUCGUGGCGUGUGAUCAAGGUACUCCGUGUCUGUGCAAUUCGGCCUAUAUAGAAAUUGAUGUACUCGAUGAAAACGACAAUAUACCGACAUUCCCUGUUUCUGAAUACUUUGAAACCAUAGGCGAAAAUGAAAGAGUCGGAACAUCUGUAUUUACAGCCAGAGCUACUGACUUAGACAAAGGAAAGUACGGAAAAUUGAAUUAUUCCAUAGUUCCUAGUGCAUCUAAUUACAACAGAAAUGACGAUUCAUGGAAAAUGUUUCAAAUAGACUCCUUCUCAGGAUUAGUAAAUUCAAAUGCUAUUUUCGAUUAUGAACAGAAAAAUAAAUAUGAAUUUUCUAUUAAAGCUUCAGAUCUAGGAGGCAAAAGCUGUACAGUAAAAGUACGAAUUGAUGUAGAGAGUCGAGACGAGUUCUAUCCACAAUUUACACAGAAAACCUACAACUUUGGAGUACCGAAAUCAGGAUCUUUACCAAUGGGUUAUGUUAUAGGACAAGCCACUGCGACGGAUAAAGAUAAAGGUAUCGAUGGUCGCAUUGUAUAUCAGUUAUCAACUUCUCAUUCUUACUUUAAAAUCAAUAGAACAACAGGAGUUAUCAUUCUAAAGAAAAAAGUAGACUCAGUUCAAAGUCUUUUUGGAUCUGACAAAUCUAUCAGUUUAGUUGUGACUGCAAGUUCUGGCAGACAAGGUUCCUUGACGAAUAAGACAGCCGUGGAAAUUCUGCUAGAUCCACUAGCAGUGGUUUCCGAUAACACUAACCUAAUAAAUGAUACAUCUGUCGCACAAAGUAGUGGACUAUCAGAUUGGGCGUUAGGAUUACUUAUUGCUUUCAUCUUCAUAAUAAUUAUUUUUGCGGCGACAUUUUUGUUCCUUCACAUGAAGAACAAAAGACACAAAAAAGUUAACAAGCCAGGCCUGAGUUCCGAAGGUGUAGGAGCCACAAAUAGCUACGUAGAUCCUAGUGGAUUCGAUACAAUACCAAUACGAAACACGGGUCCAGUAAAUUCAGCGAAUCAGUUUGCACCACCGAAAUAUGACGAAAUCCCACCGUAUGGUCCUCACACAGCUAGUUCAAAUUCUGGAGCAGCUACUACCUCGGAACUCUCAGGUUCUGAUCAAUCUGGUUCAAGUGGUCGAGGAUCAGCUGAAGAAGGAGAAGACGGUGAGGAUGAAGAAAUCAGAAUGAUAAAUGAAGGACCCUUACAAAGAGAAUCAGGCAUGCAUAGACAAGCGAAUGGAGUAGAUGACGAUAAUCUAUCAGACGUUUCUGUGCACAAUACUCAAGAAUACUUAGCAAGACUUGGUAUCGUCGAGACUGGUACUGGUGGAGGUGCGUCAACUUCAUCAAGAAGAUGUUCUGAAAAUGUUGGUAAUAAAGACACGAUGUUACAUCAUGGCCCGAUAGAUUCAAUGCACAUGUUCGACGAAGACGGCGCUCACGAGAAUGACAUAACUAACCUGAUUUAUGCGAAAUUAAACGAAGUUACCGGAAGUGAAAGAGCAAGUAGUGCAGAUGAAGCGAGUGCAGCUGUGGAUAGAGCUAUGGCUCUGGGUGCCUUCCCAAGUGCUCCGGGAGAGAGUAAUGCUGUUCCCACCGCUGGGCCUUCUAUGACUGGAAGUCUCAGUUCUAUUGUACAUUCCGAAGAAGAAUUAACCGGUAGUUAUAAUUGGGACUACCUCCUUGAUUGGGGUCCGCGAUAUCAACCGUUAGCACAUGUGUUUUCUGAAAUAGCCCAUUUGAAAGAUGAUGCGGUUUCGCUUCAAAGUGGUAAUAGUGGUGCUUCUAGUGCAAAGAGUAAGGGGACUUCUAUAUCUGGUGGGAAAAGUGUACCACCGCCUUUGUUGACAACGGUUGCUCCGAGAAGCUGUCCGGCUCCUUCGUUAUCUUGUCGGCAACCGCAGCAUUUGUUACCCAGGUCUCCUAUAAGUCAUGAUGUUCCUGGGGGAUUUUCAGCUGCCGCAGCAAUGUCCCCGUCAUUCUCACCAUCACUGUCACCUCUUGCUACGAGGUCACCUUCAAUGUCUCCCUUAGUAGGGCCGGGACUGCCGCCUGCGCCCAUUAAUAGGAAACCUCCGCAUUCAACGAUGAGAAUAUGAAAUUAGAUAGUAAUAUUUUUAGAAUAUUGUACAUAUACUCACGACUGUUUUGCCUAUAAGUAUUGAUAACUAUAGUAAUAUUUAUUGAUUACCGAUGUAAUCGGUUUAGUUUGUUUGAUAUGGUGUCAUUUUGUGCAUGUUAUUUGUAAAACUUUCUGCCUGAAUAUGCUCAAAGUGAUUUGUAAGCGCUUAUUACCGAUUUUUACGGUAAAUGUAAAUAUUGUCUUAAUUCGGGUUUAAUUUUAUGUCAUUUAUGUAUAUAUAAGUUUGUAUAUGUUAGUCCCUUGUAUGAUAUAAAAUGAAGACUGCCAUGUUAAUUUACUAUAGAAACAAACGGAAAAGCUUUACUCUAAGCUAUAAGUGUACUUUAGAUAUUGCAAUUAAAAUGUUUAGUAUAAAAAAAUGUAAUAUACAGUAUGUUUGUAUAAAUCAAACUCCUAUAUAAAUGUAAGUUAACUUCGUGCCUUUUAAACUAAAUAAAAUGUAUAUUGUAGAAAAUAUCGUACUGUGAUUUUCAUCUUAGCGUUGAAGGCAUUUGACCAUUUAUAUCAAAUUUGAAAUAUUUUAAACCAAUUUACAUCGUAAAAUAAAAUGUAUUUUAUGCAAAUAAGUUAUAACCUAACCAAGAAUAUUAAAUUUCUAGCAUGAGGACGCUACCAUCUUCCUCUUUA